AACAGCUCGUCCAGACAGCACUACAAAAACAGAAUCGUAGAACACUGGCAGGCAUUCAAUCCAACACAGGUUCGAUUGUCGUUGUACAAGAACAAGACAGAGGUUGUUCGUUUGGUAUUCAACGCCAAAGGAUCUACAAAGACCAACUGGUUUUCUCGUGAUCGUCUUCUAACAAGUCCUUGGACAGACAUACAUUCCCAGCCUGUCAACCACUUUUCCAUAACUGGUGAAAUAGGAGUUGUUGUGAGGCGAUCGUUUUACAUUAACAGUUUAUACGAUGAUUGUAAUGAUGUGGGCUGGAUGGGUCUUAUAGAGCUGAUCCCUGGCCCUUGUCCCUACGAAAACAAACAGCCCCUGUUUUCGAUAUUAUACCCUUCAGGAAGCCAACGCGUGAUAUUUUCUAAGUCAGAUGUGGGCGUAGCCGAUACGAUGGCGAUAUGCAUACGAUGA